AUGCAUGAUCUUGUCAGCGAUUUGGCAAAGUUUAUAUCGAAACAAUUCACCUUAAGCCAUGAAGACGACUAUUCUAGUGAAAUUCUAAGCAAGACUCGUCAUUUCUCGCAUUCUUGCAAAAAUAUUGAUAUUAAGAAGUUUGCUGCCACCUUUCACGAGAGUAAGAGAUUGUGCACUGUCCUAAAAUUCAAUUUUGACAGCUCUUUGUACAGAUUUGGCAUUGAAGAGCUAGGGAAGCUUACAAAUCUUAGGGAGAGAUCACUUUCUAUUUUGGACUUGCAAAAUAUUGGAUCUCCUAUGGAUGGUAAGGACGUAAAGUACUUAAGGGAUAGGAAGUACCUUAAGGAGUUGGUGUUGGAGUGGAAAGUUGGUAAUAAUACUUUAGAAAGUCAUUUAAUUGUACUUGAGAGUCUCCAACCCCUUUCAAAUUUGAAAAGCCUCGUUAUCAAUGGCUAUGGUGGUAAAAGUUUUCCAAACUGGGUAGGGCAUCCUUCAUUCUCUAAUAUAGCAUCUCUUCAUCUAGAAGACUGUAAAUUUUGUUGUAGCUUGCCACCACUUGGGCAACUACCCUCUCUACAGGACCUCUCUAUCGCUGGGUUGGACAGAGUUGUUAGAUUAGGUUGUGAGUUUUACGGCAGUGAAUCUUCUUCAAUAAAGCCAUUUCAAUCCUUGAAAGUUAUAAGCUUCAAGAAUAUGUUGAAUUGGGAGAAAUGGUUUUCUUUCGAUGUUGGAAAGGAAGAUGGAGCUUUUCCUAAUCUUAGAAAUCUUGAAAUUCAUGAAUGCCCUAAAUUGACAUGUUUUCUAAAAGGAGGAUUGCGUGCCCCUAGCCUUGAAGUUUUCCGAAUCACGAAAUGUAAGAGUCUUAGUUCACUACCUGACAAGAUGCACAUAUUUUUUUCCUCUCUUGAGGAAUUGUAUAUAGAAUAUUGUCCAGAAGUUGAGUCAUUUCCUGAAGGGCGCUUGCCUUCCAAUCUGAAUAUAAUUUACAUCUCCAAUUGUGAGAAACUCUUUGCUAGGCGGAUGAGAUGGGAUUUGCGAAACCUCCCAUCUGUUAAAAUAUUUGAAGUCAUUGGCAAAUCUGAAGAUGUGGAGUCCUUUCCAGAUGAAGGGUUGUUGCCUACCACUCUGACCCGUCUUCACAUCGAAGGCUUUGAAAAUUUGAAAUAUUUGGACAAGAAGGGGCUUCAACACCUUACUACUCUUGAAGAAUUGAAGAUGUGGAAUUGCCCUAAGCUCGAGUGCAUGCCGAAAGACGGGCUACCUGCAUCCCUUACUACUCUAAAUAUCUCCAAUUAUACUGUGGAUGGUUUGGAACAAUUGCAACAAGAACCAGAUGGUUGUGCUAACCCAGCUGCUGAUGAUGGUGUCCAAUAUACUUUAAUUGUUGGUGAUUACAACGACGUAUAUAAAAUGGCUGAUGCAUAUGGUGCAUCUUACCUAAAGGACUCUCAUUGA